AUGAUGUUUACAACCAGUAAUCAAUGGGUAUUAGUUGGUUUGACUAGUUAUGGUAUUGGCUGUGCGCGAGCAGCUUAUCCUGUUGUAUAUACUCGUGUAGCUUAUUAUCAAGACUGGAUUCGAACAACGACAAGUGGUGUAUAUACUAAUGCAACUUCGUCGGUAUCGGCAAACAUCGAUCCUUAUUCUUCGAAUACCUCAAUCAAAUUUUUUCGUAGUCAACCGCUUACUCAUUUAUUAUUUCUUUUCUUUCCACUACUUCUUAUCAAAAUCUAUCUAUCAUGA